UAUAUAAUAAUAGUAGUGAUGAUAAUAACUUGAUACUCUUCGCGGAAACAAGAUGUCGCCUACUGAAGUUCCGCCUCCGCCAGAAGGUUGGGCUGUCCGUGAGAGUCCCAAAAAACAUGUUCCAUCCGAUUUUAAGCUGUCCAAUUGUCAGGGCCGUAAGCGUGCGCUCUUUAUCGGUAUCAAUUAUUUUGGACAACAAAGUGAACUAAGGGGAUGUAUUAAUGACGCCAAGAACAUUAAGCGGUUCAUCAUUGAACGUUUCGGAUUUCGGGAAGAGGACACCAUCAUGUUAACAGAUGACCAGGAAGAUCCGACUCGCAUCCCCACUCAUAGUAACAUCCUUGAAGCCAUGCGUUGGCUUGUUCAUGAUCCACAACCUAAUGACUCGUUUUUCUUUCAUUUCAGUGGGCAUGGUGGCCAGGCCAGGGAUGAGGAUGGUGAUGAGGAUGAUGGACAUGAUGAAACUAUUUACCCGGUCGACCACGAACAGAGCGGAUUCAUCAUUGAUGAUACGAUGCACGAUAUUAUGGUCCGGCCCUUGCCUGCAGGGUGUCGUCUGACUGCAAUCAUGGAUUGCUGUCACUCUGGAUCUGCCCUUGAUCUACCCUAUAUCUACAGUACACAAGGAAAUUUGAAGGAGCCCAACAAGUUGGCUGAUGUAGGUCAAGGCGUUCUGGCAGCAGGCAUGGCCUAUAUACAAGGCGACAUGCAAGGGGUCAUACGCGGGCUUGGUGGACUAGGUAAAAAGUUGAUGAUGAGCAAGGAUGUAGACAGAGAGGCCAAGUCAAGCCCUGCAGACUGUAUCAUGUUCAGUGGAUGCAAGGAUACACAAACAUCAGCAGACGCACAUGAGCAGGGAUUUGGAAUGACUGGCGCCAUGACCUUCUCAUUUAUUAGCGCCUUGACAGCCAAUCCACAGCAGAGCUACCUAGAGCUAUUGAAUAGCAUCCGUGAUAUCCUUCGGUCCAAGUAUGAACAGAAGCCGCAACUGAGCUCAAGUCACCCUGUGAACUUGAACUUGAUCUUCACAAUGUAACCAAUGUAACUGUAAAUUUCAGCCAAUAAUAAUAAACCCUUUCUCUAGACCAAGAGGACAACUACAUAAUAAAGUCCAACUUUUAAAAUGAAUCAUUCG